AUGACAGAACAACCACCAGACAAGAUAUUGCGGGAAGGAGACGUUCUCCGCAUGGAAGUUUCGCCCAAGUAUGCCACCAUUCAGAUUCAGCCCAAUAUUGGCAGCAGUGAAGGCAACGAUCCCAAUUUCCCACGCAAUCUCCACAAUGCCGUGGAAUUAUUUCUCAAGUGUGGAUUGGUCCCCAAUGGUGUGCGUCUCAAGGAUUGUACCGACAAGCUGUUGGAAAUUUAUGCCAAGGAUCCAUCCAGUAAUAUUCGACUGGGACGUGGCUGUAUUUGCUGGAAAUGUGGGUAUUGUGGCAUUCCCAAGGAUUACAGUGAAAGUAACAACAACAACAACAACAACCAGCCACCGGGUCCCUGUGUGCACUGUCACGAAACCCAGCAGAUCAACUGGGUCCGUGUGACGCAUCCCACCAAUGGAGAAUUGCCGUGGAUUGAACGGGCGAACGUGACAGAGGAAGAGAAACAAGCUGAAUUGGCCGCCAAGCGAGCGGCCGUGGAAGCACGGGUGGCACAAGCAUUGAAAGAGCGAGAAGAAGCUGCUGCCCUUGCAGAGAAAUGA